AUGGCUUCAUCUGCUACGUCUCUUCAUUUCCUCUCAUUUGCCCCUCAAAGCACCAUUCUUUCCCAAUCCAAACCCAAUGCCACCGUUCAUUUGAACCCGCUUUCGCUUCCCUCUGCUCCGACUCCCAAAUUAUGCUUAUCCGUUGCUGCUUCUGAGCUUUCCUUAUCCGGGUCGCAGCGCUUUUCCUUCUUUGCCAGAAGAGUCGCUGUUUCGUCCGACUUCGACCAAAUUGGAGUCUUGGAUGAGGAGGAAGAUGUUGGGAGUGACGGUGGUUCUAAUUUCGAGGACGACGAGGAGGAUGAUGGACCCAGUUUCUCUCCUGACCAGAAACUCUUCGUCGGCAACUUGCCUUUCAGCGUCGACAGUGCUGCUCUCGCCGACUUGUUUGAACGUGCUGGAAAUGUUGAGAUGGUUGAGGUUAUCUAUGACAAGCAAACUGGAAGGAGCAGAGGAUUUGGCUUUGUGACCAUGUCUUCAGCUGCGGAAGUUCAUGCUGCUACACAGCAGUUCAAUGGAUAUGAACUUGAGGGGAGGGCACUGAGGGUGAACAGUGGGCCACCACCUGCCAAGAGAGAGGGUUCUCCUUUUAGAGGAGGUAGGGGAGGAGCAAAUCUUGAUAACACUAACAGACUGUAUGUUGGGAACCUUGCAUGGGGUGUUGAUAAUUUGGCUCUGGAGACCCUGUUUAGUGAGCAAGGAAAGGUCUUGGAAGCCAAGGUUGUUUAUGACAGAGAGAGUGGAAGGUCAAGAGGUUUCGGGUUUGUGACUUACAGCUCUGCUGAUGAGGUCAACAACGCAAUUGAUAUGUUGAAUGGAGUUGAUCUUAAUGGAAGAGCUAUCCGAGUAAGCCCUGCUGAAUCUCGACCCAGGCGCGAUUUCUAA